AUGCCUUGUCAGACGAACGCUGCAGCCACAAGUAGUGAUGUGAGUGGAGGUGGUUCCCCCCCCUCCAUCUCCACCACAGCCAUCGUGAGAGUGGCAGAUGCCGCCGUUGUAAAUAAUAACGGCGUGAGCAAAGGGGAGGCGGAAACGGUGACCACGACCGCGGACGAGCAGGCCCGCAAGCAACCAAAGCGCAAGGUCGCCAUUAUAUUUGGGUACGUGGGUGAGCGCUACUGCGGCCUACAAUGGAACCAUCUGCCGGACUAUCCCACCGUUGAGGAGGAGCUGCUGCGGGCACUGUACCGCACAAACAUGAUUUCGCAGGAGAACUACGAGCAGGAAAAGGUGCAACAGAAGCUUAACUGGGACCGUGCGAGCCGCACGGACAAGGGGGUACAUGCGCUGCGUAAUGUGAUUUCACUCAACGUCAUGCUUCCGUACGCGAAGGGCUCCACCACGGAGUACGAUACGCAAGAGGCAAGACGUCUUUUAAUGACCGUUCUUCCACCCGACAUUGUGGUGUAUGAAAUUGUUCCGGUGACGCGUAGCUUCAAUGCCUACAUGCUGUGCGGAGCACGUACCUAUGAGUACUACUUGCCGACCUUUGCCCUUAUGAGCCCCGGGGAAUACAGCCGCGAGUACUUCCCGGCCGCGUUUGCCCCGUCACGGCCUACACUGGAGGAGGUGGGCUUACCUGGCGUGUCUUCUGCGCGCCCGAGAGCCGCAGGAGGAGAAACACCGACAUGCGCUUCGCUGGGAUCAAAGCGCCCGCGCGAGGUGGAAGGAAAAAAGGGGGGAGAGGAGGAUUUGGCUGGGGGCAACCGUGCUGUGGCGAGCACGAAGGGUGCAGGUGGAAUGAGUGAAGGGGAAGAGGGUGAGGAUGAGGUGGAGAAGCGAGAUCAGCAGCAAUUCGUGACUGGUGAUAACGGCAAUGACACCGUGCAAAAAUUUCACGACGGCCUUUUUGAGAAGUUGCUGGUGUUUCACACCAUCCCUGAGGACGGCAUGCGACACGUGUCGCAAUAUCGCCUCUCACACGAGCGGCUAGAACACGCUCGAAGUAUUUUCCGCCUUUACGAGGGAACAUACUCAUACCAUAACUUUACGCCUGGGGGGCGAGCAAGUGACCCUGCAUCUAUGCGCUACAUCACGUCUGUGACGGUGGGGGAUCCCUUUAUUAUUCAGCCCACGGAUGCUGCUGUGGCAUCGGCGUUACAGCAGUGGACACCGUCACGAUGCUACUCCCCGGACGGCGAAGAGCUCGCAACGCAGGGAGAGAAGGAUGAGGCUGGUGUUGAGAAGAUGCGAGAACAGAUGCGAGAGCAUAUGCUGCGUGUGUAUGGUGGCUCCUCCUGCGAAGGGACGGAAAGCGGUGCCCCGGGUGGUCUUGAGGUGGUGCGAAUUGAGCUGCAUGGACAGAGCUUUAUGCUUAACCAAAUUAGAAAGAUGAUAGGGGGCGUUGUUUCCAUCUGUGCCACUGGUUUGCCACCAGAGUAUUUGCGCGAGCAUCUGUUAAACAAGGCUGUACGCUGCGGCGUGCCAAUGGUGCCGGCGAAUGGUCUCUUUCUCUCCUACCUUGACUUUCGGCGGUACAAUUACCGUCUUGAGCGCAUCCAGAGCCAAGGUGGUAACGGCUCCGGAAAAGGCGGUGUGUAUGUGGACCGCGUGAACAACGACGCAGUUGAAGAAUUUCGUCGCAAAAUUAUUGCUGUUGUUUUGCGUAAUGAGAUGGUGGGCGAUUUGAUGGGACGGUGGAUGCGGUCCUUGCGACACGUGCUACGGCUUGCAUGUGGUAUUGAGCUACCGUAG